AUGGCGGCGCCGAGCCACGUCCCCAGCCGGAAGCGGCGCCGCGCACGGCGCGCGGGGAGGGGCGGGGCGGGAGGACCCGGAGCGCGGCCCCGAGGGCGGACGCCGGCAGUACCCGCUCAGACCGGCAGGGGAAGAUACCGCUCCGCGUCCGCCAGGCCGGGCCGCGGACGCCGCUCUAGCCGGGGAAGGGCGAGCGAGACGGUCGCCACGGCGACGGAGGGCGGCGUCAUGGCGGAGCGGCGGCCGUCCGAGGGGAGCGGGGCCGGGCCGGGCCGCGCCGUCGCCUCCCCGCGUCCCUCCGCCCGGCCUCGUCCGGUGGAGAACCAGCCAUACGACGAGAGCCUGGAGCUGCCGGAGACCGAGGAGGCGGUGGGGAGCGCGAACCGCCCGCGAGGCUCCCGCCGGCCGGAGCCGCCCUGGUCGGGAGGCGGCGGCCCGGGAGCGCGGCCCGGCGGCGCGGGAGAGCGGAGCGACGGCGUGGAGGGCGGCGGUAACGGGGAAACGGCGGCCCGGCCGGGACCCUCCGCCGCCAGCGAGGACGACGAUGACGAUGACGAUGAUGACGAUGAUGACGAUUCCUCCGAGAGCGACUCAGAGGACGAUUCGGAGGAUCGUGGGGCUCCGCUGGAGGGUGACUACAACCUAGCAGAUUAUGACUACCUGCCAGUAUCUGCUGAAAUUAAAGAACUCUUUGAAUACAUAAGGAGGUACACUCCAAAAACAAUAGAGAUUGAGCACAAACUGCAGCCUUUUAUUCCAGACUUCAUUCCUGCUGUUGGAGACAUUGAUGCCUUCCUAAAGGUCCCACGCCCAGAUGGCAAGCCUGAUAACCUCGGUCUGCUGGUCUUAGAUGAGCCAUCAACGAAGCAGUCAGAUCCCACAGUGCUCUCUCUCUGGCUAACGGAGAAUUCCAAACAGCACAACGUUACACAGCAGAUAAAAGUGAAAAGUGUGGAGAAUGCAGAGAAGAACCCCAAAGCCAUUGACAACUGGAUUGAAAGUAUCAGUGAACUGCACCGCUGCAAACCUCCUGCCACUGUCCACUACAGCCGGCCCAUGCCUGACAUAGAAACCCUCAUGCAGGAGUGGUUACCGGAAUUUGAGGAGCUCUUGGGAAAGGUGGGCCUCCCAACUGCAGAAAUGAAUUGUGACCUGGCUGAAUACGUUGACAUGACAUGUGCCAUUGUGGACAUCCCUGUGUAUAAGAGUUGGAUCCAGCCUCUGCACGUCCUUUUCUCACUGUACUCAGAAUUCAAGAACUCCCAGCAUUUCAAGCCUCUGGCUGAAGGGAAGAAGGCCAGGAGCCCUGCAUCCAACACACUUCCACAGUCAGCAGAAGCAGAAGUAUUAAGCUUUACUUGAAGCUUCACUUUAAAACCUCAUCUCUCAGAUCAGCGCCUGCUGCUGGACGUAGAUAUUUGACCAAAGCAACCUGCGAAGCAACACACAGCAUUUCAAAGGCCUCCCUUGGAUAGAUACUGAUGAGUUAUUCUCCAUUUGUAAGCAGAGUUGUACUCUUCACAUUUAUAGCAGACGCUGCCUAAUAGCUCCAUUUUGACUCAUCCCCUGGGAAUAAAGCAUUAAACUCCCUUUUCCAAA